AUGCCCAACAGUCAGCUACUCACAAUGCACAGAUCCGAUUUUGCGGAACCACUAUUUCCAAAUGUAACGCUAAGGACAGCGCCGACAGUGAGAACGCAGAGUACGCAGACAGAGGCGCCAGCGGAUGCUUGGCAGCAGUUGGGUCUGGAGGGCUGGACGGGUGAGCUAAAGCCAGCGGUAGCUGCGCUGGAGCUGAGUCACACGGAUGCGACGCCCACAGAAAUUACUUUAAACUUGGAAGGACCACAAUUUAAUGGACACGUUACUGGCAUACGCGUCAUUAGCAACAAUAAAGCGCCGCAAGAGGCAACCAUGUCGGAUCUAAUGAACGUUGAACAUGUUUACAUAGCGCGUGCCAAUGAUCCAUUUGGUUACUCCAUGAAGUGGGCGCUCCGCAAUGACAGUAAUAAGCAGCUGGAGUUGGAACGCGGUAAGCGUGAUGUGGCCAAGCUAUACUCAAUGAUCAAAUGCUCCACGAGCUGCGAUCCGCUGAUCUACAAAGGCUACGGCUGCUAUUGUGGCUUUGGUGGUCAUGGCAUAGCCGUUGAUGGCAUUGAUCGCUGUUGCCGACAGCAUGACAAGUGCUACAAUCAGAGCAACUGCAUCUCCUACUUGGAGUACUUUGUGCCCUAUGUGUGGAAAUGUUAUCGAGGCAAACCGCUUUGUGCCCUUGAUCACGGGGAGUGGGGUGGACCCGACUCCUGCGCGGCCCGCCUAUGUCAAUGCGAUCUGCAAUUAUCACGCUGUCUCCGCAAGUUUUACUGUCCCAGCGGGCGUGCCACUUGCCGCUCCUCACGUUCGCGCAGAUUACAGAAUUUAAUUUACUUUAAAUAA